CCCGGGGUGGGUUCCCGGCAGAGGCGGGAGGUGGGCGGGGGGAUGCGGGGACCCCCCCGCGGUGGGGGUCGGUGUUGCGGGGUCAGGCCCCGCCGCCCCCAUUGUCAGCCCGGUGCCGGCGGGGGGGGACGCGACGAGCCCCUUUUUUAGGGCCCCCGGAGUGGGGAGAGCAGAGAGGGGCGACAGCGGAGCUGGGGGACCCCCGGCAGCCACGAGGGGAUUCAGGGGGCGCCAGCGGCAUCGGCCGCGCCGUGAGCGGCCGCCUGGCCCGCGAGGGCGCGCGCGUGGCCGUGGCCGAUCGCGACAUGUCGGGGGCGGCGGCGACAGCGAAAGGGCUCCCCCGGAACUCCCCCUCCGACCACGGAGCUUUCCAGGUGGAUGUGGCCGAUCCCAAAAGCGUCGCCGAGAUGGUGAGGAGUCUGCAGGAGCACUUUGGGGUUCCCCCCCGUGUCCUGGUGUCCUGUGCUGGGAUCACCCGCGACCGGAUGUUCCUGGAGAUGGGAGAGCGGGAAUUCCGGGAAGUGCUGGGGGUGAACCUGGAGGGGACGUUCCUGGUGACACAGGAGGUGACAAAGGCCUUGGUGACAUCGGGGGACCCUGGGGGGGCCUCCCUGGUCCUCGUGGGCAGCGUGGUGGCCAAGGUGGGGAAUUUGGGCCAAACCAACUACGCGGCCUCCAAGGGGGGGGUGGAGGGGCUGACCCGGAGCGUGGCCAAGGAGGUGGCCAGGUUUGGGAUCCGCUGCAAUUCUGUCCUACCGGGAUUUAUCGUCACCCCCAUGACGGACAAAGUGCCCCCAAAAGUGCUGGACAAGUUUGCAGGGAUGGUGCCACUGGGACGACUGGGGGACCCUGAGGACGUGGCAGACGUGGUGGCUUUCCUGGCGUCGGGGGACAGCGGCUACGUCACCGGGGCCACCCUGGAGGUGACAGGGGGUCUCUUCAUGUGACGGAUCCAACCCCUCCCCCCUGAUGUCCCCCCAAUGGGGGGGGAGGGGCAGACCUCAAAAUUUGGGGGUAUAAAGGGGAGGGACCCCAAAAUUUGGGGUGUUGAGUCUGGGAGCCCAAAAAUGGGGGGAAGAAGAAAGGGGGGACCCUAAAAUUUGGAGAGAUUGAGGGGCAGGACUCAAAAAUUUGGGGAGGGGAGACUUCAAAAUUUGGGGGGAUAAAGGGGGGGACCCCAAAAUUUGCGGGGUUGAGAUGGGUGGGAGGCCCUGAGUUUGCAGGAAGGGGACCCCAAAAUUUGGGUGGGGGACAAAAGGGGGGGGACCUCAAAAAUUGAGGAGGGUCCUAAAACUGGGGGGAAGGGGCCUAAAGUAGGGGAUGGGUCCCCCCAAAAUAUGGAAGGGGAACCCCAAAACUGGGGAGGUCGAGGGAGGGGGGUGGAACCUCUCCAAAAAACCACCAGGAGCUGUUGCCAUGGAGAUGUUUAUUGGCCACGCCCACCCCGGGCCACUCCCACUGAGACCACGCCCACCCCUCCCCUCCCUUAAAUCUCUAAAACUACAAAAAUAAACAUUUUUGACCCAAAA